AGGGUGUGUGUGGAGAGAGCGAGACGGAGCGAGCGUACUAUUUACUUCACCCCUCCUCCCUUCCCUUCAUCUCCUCUGUGUUAAGAGGAAGUACAUUAGUCUACAUAUAUAUAUAUAUAUAUAGAGAGAGAGAGAGAGAGAGAUUGCCAACUCCUUCAAAGAUCUCUCUUUUCCUUUUCUUGGGAUAAAAGGAAGACUAAGACGCGGCCAUGGCCGAUUCCGGCGACCAGAAGAAGCACUACGUUCUAAAGCUCGCUCUUUCCGUGGGCUUCAGCGACUCCUCCUCCUCCGCCGCCGACGCCGCACACGAUCGCCACUCCAAUUCCCGGCCGGCCACUGCCGCUCGGUCCCCCCGGAGCUUCGCCGCAGGCGACGGCGCCGUCGGCCUCGCCAUCGUGGCCGCCAUGAGCGCCGCAUCCGAGGAGCCGGCUGCGGGCCUGGCCCGGUCGGACCCGGUCCCGAUCGGCGCCGUGGUGACGAAACCCGGGCUGAGGACUGGCGCACCGAAGGAGGGGGAGGUGGGGGAGGACAUGGAGCUCUCCGAGAGCUACACUUGUGUGAUCUCGCACCUGGGGGGGAACAGGGUGAAGAAAAGGGUCUACUUUGGCGACGAUGGCCUCCUUUUCGAGCCUCCUCCGCCGCCGCCGCCGGGGCUAGCGGACCCGCCCUUUGUGGUAGCGGAAUUCCUGAGGUGCUGCUUCCUCUGCAAGAAGAAACUCGAUGGCAUGGACGUUUACAUGUACAGAGGAGAGAAGGCCUUUUGCAGUGAAGAAUGCAGAUGCCAGCAGAUGCUACAUGAUGAACUCGGAGAGCAGUUUGCCUCCGGAGCACCGAAGAACUACGAAUGCUCGUCGUCUCCCUAUGCUUCUUCGUUAGUCAUUUCAGCUGGUGUUGCAGCUGCUUGACUAUGCAAAUAAUAAAACUAAACUUGGUUAUCAGAUGAAACAGAAGGACAUGAAAGUGAAUAAGUAAAGGGGUCAAAUACUGCCGGCAUAAGUAUAGAAUUUAUAGAGGAAUCAAGAAGUUCCAAGUCAGUCUGUUAACAUGUACUGCAAUGCAAAAAUACGAAGAGAGGGCAUGUAGGAAGAAUGGAAUUCAUGAGUAUCAACAUAUAUAUAAGAGAAACAUUGAAGAUUUUGGAUUGCAGCCGCAUUUUUUAUGAAUGAAUCAUGGAAUACUGCUAUGCUUGCUA